UACAUUACAUAGAAAAGACAACCAGAAGGCCGUCGACGGAAACUCGGUAUCACUACCCAAAUAUCUAUCGAUCUUCGAAAAUCUCUCAAGAACUCCGGUUCCGAUUCCUUUUCAUGCCAUUUCUCCUUCCUUGCAUCAUUUGAUGGAUAAAGGAAAGGGUUUGGAAGCCGUACAGAGAUCCUUUCAGAAUAUUGAUUUGACUUUCAAUUCCAGGAACCCUAACAAAUUGGCCAAGAGUUAUAACCCUUUGCUGCUAUCUUCCUGGUCACCUUUGGAGAAGAGAAAACCUCCUGCUCUUGUAAGCUUGUGUCUUGGAUUUAUAGGCAAACAUCUUGAGGAUAUUAUUGAGGAUUUAGAUCUUGUGGCCAGUUUCCCACCGGACAUUAAGAUGACCAUAACAGCCAUUGCAAGAAGAAGAAAGUUGCUAAAUGAUGAUGUGAUUGUUGCAUUGGCUGAAAGCUCAUGGGAAAUUCUCGAUUUAUCAGAUUCAGAAGUCUCAGAUAUCGGUUUAUUGAAAGUGAUAGGGAUUUGUAGCCAAUUAAAAGCUAUGGACAUAAGGCGUUGCAGCAAGAUCACUCCAUUUGGUGUUUCAGAACUUGUGAAAAAUUGCCCUUGUCUAGAGAUAUUGAGAUGGGGAGGAUGCCCAAGAAGCGAACACACUGCACGCAACUCUUUAAGCAUCUUGAAACCAACAUUGAAUGAUGUUGAAGGGGAUUCAUGGGAGGAACUUGAUACAACAGAGAUCAUACAUGGAGCACAAUCUUUACGUUGGCUUGUAUGGCCAACAAUUGACAAAGAUUCAUUAGAGAUUUUGGCAACCGAAUGUCCACCAUUGGAUGAGUUUAUUGUAGAAGAUAUAGACCCAAAAACAUGGGCAGUUUCAGGAUCUAAGCUUAUAAGGACAGCUCCACCUAUUUUGAGCUCAAUUGAAUUGCCAAUUGCUGAGAAAUUUAGGCUUGCAUUUGUUGAGAGAGAUGCUAGAUUGGCUCCUAAACGAGCAAAGAAUGCUAGACAACGACAACGAAGGGCAGAAAGAGAGUGGGUGACAACAAGUACAAGUGUCAAGUCCAUAGUGCUUGCUGGACAAUUGAGUAAAAAUUUACGUAGUUAG